AUGAGUAUGAGUACUAUAUCCAAUACAAAGAACGAGGCAAAGAGGAUGCAAGCUUUGCUUGAACUCUUUCAGUCGGAGGCGGAGUAUACUUAUGAUUUGAUUUUAUGGACGAGGACUUUCAAGCACUUGGUAGUCAAUACUUCCAACCUUUCGACAUAUAACAAGCAAGUCUUUAUUUCUAAUGUGAUGCUUAAUUCACAAUCUAUCUUUGAUCUUCACGAUGAGAUCUUUCAAGUAAUGUGCACGACCUUUUCCAUGGCCCGGAAUACACCGAAGGAAGUCUUCUUAGCUAUGGAAAUCUCGACUGAGCAGGUUGAGGAAGUAUGUUCGGCCAUUAUCAAGCGCAAGGCAAGAAUGUUGCAGAUCUAUUCUGAGUAUGCUAAUCGGGUGCCCCAAGCUACUGGGGAUAUGGAGAGAUUAUUAGGUGAGAAUCCGGCUUUUGAUAGUGAGGCUUCUGAAGUACUGAUGCGGAUGAACCGAUUGCAUCUGGGGUACUCGCACUUUAUUAUGCGGCCAAUGCAGAAGAUUGCCCGAUACCCUUUGUUGUUGCAGGCUAUCCACAAGAAAGCACGUGAGAAUGAAGUAAACAUUCUUGAAGAGACAAGUCAGGCCAUCCAGCAGAUCAAUAUCAUGGUUAACCAAAAUGUCCAGUACUCUGCCAAUUACUUUACGCUCUACCAUUUAGUGCAUACUUCUAAUAUUCGUGACACACAUAACCAAGUCUCAGCUGGGAUUAUGCAGAAGGACCGGAAACUCAUUCGCCUGGAAGAAAUGACUUUACAGGCCGAUCGGUCUAAACAGUCCGUUACAGUGGUGCUCCUAGAUAAUUGUAUGUUUAUCUUGUAUAAUAUUAUUCGGACGGCCUCCAGUUCAACUGCCAAUCACCAGAACGUCUAUGAAAAGAAGAUCCUUAAUGGGUUUAUGCCUUUAAACAAUAUCACCGCUGAACUAGUUAAACAUCCAGUCACUGGUGAUAUUUACCAACUCUUAAUUAGCUGUAAAGACCAGACUUACUGUUUAGAAGGAGCUGAAUGGUUGCUUGAAGGUAUGUGCAAAGACAUUGUUGAUACGAUCGCCGUGGAAAAGGAUAAGUUUAUUCCGAUUACUGUGCAACAACUAGAACUAAACCCACCUGGUGAGAACGUUUCCCUAGCUGUCAUACGUCCUAAUCCUAACUACGCACCCGAGGAAGAACUUUCCAUUACCGCUAUUGGAGAUUUAGCUCUAGGCUGUACUACCGGCCUAUCUAUCAUAACACCAGCCCAAACAGCGACUAUUUCUAGCAAAGAGACCAACCAAGUCUGGUAUGUCGCCCAUCUUAAUACUCUUUUCUUUCGCAGUCUCCGCACGUUGUACUACACCAUUAUCCAUGAAGAUUUGGCCAAUCUUAGCUUGAAACGUUUAUCUGGAUCCGUUUCAUCCUUCUUUCUUGACCAGUGCCAGCUAGCCGAUAAUACCGAUCCAAUUGACUACCUAGUGGUCAAGCAGGUAGGUUUCUUAGGCUCGGAAGAACUGUUUGUCUACAAACUUCUCAUGAAUGCCACGGAAUCUUCAUUGAACAAAGAGACUUAUCGCCGUAUGUACAUGGCCGGUGACAUUAACUCAAUAGCCUUAUUUGGCACGCAUAUAGCCAUUGCCUCCAAUGAUUUUGAACUGAUAGAUUUAGAAGAUCUAACUACCCAAGAACUUCUAGAUCCCCUUGAUAAAACAAUCUCUCUCUAUGUAGACAAGAACAAAACCAAGCCACUAUCAAUAGUCAAAAUUGAACCGGGUAUUUAUUUAGUAUUUUUCAGUCAUUUAGGUUUCUUUAUCAACCAGUACGGUACUCGCAAAAGAACUAGCAUUCUUUUUCUUUGGUUGAUGGAAGCCAACGAUGUUUUUCUUUUUCAAAAUUAUGUAGUUGCUAUCAAUACUACCCAAGUUAAAAUUUUCACACUUUCUGAUGGUAUUCUUCGCGGGAUCUUAAACAUCUCUAAUGCUAAGAAAUUGAUCCACCCACAAUACUUGCUAAUCUAUAAUGAUAUCUAUUUAUAUCGGAUAACCAUGGCCCAAACCCAAUAA